CCUAUAUAUUCUUGCAAUACCAUCAGCAUACCGGAUACAUCCACAUCUAUCUGCGCGACCUUCGACUUUAGUACUACUGUUACCGUCAGCGCUUGUCACAGCAGCACAAGAAAGACCACCUGAUCGGGCAUCCCACGAUGUCUUACCUCCACCUCACCCGGACUCGCACCCGCGAGCGCACUCCGGAGUAUGAUACCAACUACUCGCGUCCCAUCGUCCGCCGAGACUCCAACAAGCGCCAACGUAACAUUACACUCUCGGAUGACGCAGAUGACGGCUACGACGACUAUCCCUACUCGUCGACUCAGAAGGCAGGCAAGCUUUCACGCGCGUUGACAGUCCGCAACCAACCAACCCAACUCGAGCGCUACAACAUCUGGCGCGACAAACACUCCGACGAAGACGAUGAGAGGCGAAGGAGCUACGAGACGAGAAGGACGUACAAGUACGCGCCUGAUCGGCAUAGCUAUUCAGACGAUGAGGAGACCUGUGACCCCGACGAGCGCGAGUUUCGGCUCAAAGUGAAGGCGACAUUCUCAAAGCCCAAGCCGUCUCCUCCCUCCCACCACCACCAUCACCAUGAUUCGCAUCUCUGGCCUGCAGAUCUCUUCCGCAGCCGUGAGAAGUGGUCAGACGAGGCGUGGGAGACGCGUGAGCGGUCUACAUCGCGAGAUCGAAGCAGCAGGAGGAGGGAUAGCGUUUGGGCAGAUGAAGAAAAGGACGAGGAGAAGGAGAGCUGGAGCCGGUAUAGGCGAAUCAAGAGGACGAAGACUGAGGAGUGGCGGCCGUUGAGUGGAUGGAGGAGGGAGAGGAUUGUUUAUGGGUCGUGAGUGCGAGCGUGCUUUUCGAUAUUUGGUACGCCUCCUAGAAUGAUUCGUGGACUGGUAUUAUAGAUUGCACCACCUCAUUAUCUCUUUCUUAUGUUGUAACGGUUGGCUGGCGCUUGGGUAGACUGUCCUGAUUGCUUCUUAGCUAGCAGUGGUAAUCGAGUGCGGCGUUAUUCUUUUAGGGGGGUUGCGAUAUACCCAGUAUGAAAGUCAGAUAGUAAUGGAGAAACUAAGCUAUGAAUCAACUUU